AUGACUCGAAUAACUCAUAAGACAAGAUCCCUUCGUAGUCUUCAUAAUAAAAUUAUUUCGUCAUGUUUCUUACUAGAUACUACAUGUAAUCUCUUUUUCGCAACGGCAGCUACAUAUACUACUGGCAGUGGUCCGUGGGGAAUGUCUAUUGCCGAUUUCAAUCGAGAUAAUCGACUUGAUAUAGUUGUUGCUAACUAUAUCGCAGGUACUUUAGAUAUAUUUCUAGGACUCGGUAAUGGGACUUUCAUGAGAAGAAUGACACACGCGUCGGUUUCUCUUUCAUAUGCGACAGCCGUUGGAGAUUUCAAUCAAGACAAUCAAAUAGAUGUUGUUGUAGCGAAUGCUGGCGAGAACAACGUCGCUGUAUUUUUUGGUUAUGGGAACGGAAAUUUUACAUCGAGGACACUAUUUUCUGUUGGUGUAUACCCCGUCGCAGUCGUUGUUGGUGAUUUCAAUCAAGAUAAUCGACUUGAUAUUGCUAGUGCCAACCAUAACGAUGCGAAUGUCAGUGUCUCAUUGGGUUUUGGUAAUGGUAGUUUUGGUCCGCAAAGCACCUUUGCAGUGGGUAUCAGCCCGUUCACAAUCGCUACUGGUGAUUUUAAUCAAGAUGGUCGACUUGAUCUUGUUACUGCCAAUUAUAAUAGUCAUACUGUGAGUGUCAUCCUCGGCUAUGGUAAUGGUUUAUUUGCAUCACAGACAACAAUUGCGACUAGUAAUAAUCCGUAUUCUGUCGUAGUCGCUGAUUUCAAUCAAGACAAUAUACUCGAUCUUCUUGUUACUACAAUUUCUGUCAGCAGCAUCACUGUGUUUCUCGGUCGAGGCAACGGGAGUUUCAUGUUGUGCAGUACCUUUAAUUUACCUUCUACAAGUCCAUACGUAUCUGCUGUUGCUGAUUUCAAUCGAGACAACCUAUGGGAUAUUGCUAUUCCUUAUUAUACCGCAACAAUUAUAAGUGUCCUAGCUGGUUUUGGUAAUGGCACAUUCGGAAAGCUUUUAUUACUUUCCGGUGCCAAUAGGCCAGGUAUUGUAGCAGUAGGCGAUUUUAAUGACGACAAUCGUACUGACUUUGGCGUAGUUAACUACGGUAGUUCAACUUUGGGAAUAUAUUUAAAUACUUGUACAUAA